AUGCGCUAUCAAAUGUCGAAUAGAGAGAUAAGAACAAAUGCACCACCAUUUUAUAGUUUACAUGAUGAUACUUUUUAUCAUGGCCCCGCAUGGGUAAUUAAACCGAAAAUAUUUCAACCGAAAGAAAAUCUAAUAAAAACACCGGGUCCAGCCGACUAUCAUAUACCAGAUAGAUCUAUCUAUAGUCGACCAGGUAAAACAAUCGGUAGUCGAUACGAAACAACUUCAUCGAUCUCAUCUAAUUUAUUAGCACACUACAAUCCCAAUGAUCAAUUUACAUCGAAUGCUAAGAUGCCUGCAAUCUCGAUUAUACCACGUCGAACAGAACAUAAACAAGAAUAUGUAUAUUCCGGACGUUUAUAUUUUCCAUCUGAAUCGAAGUGCCACCGUCGAGCUCCUCUCCUUCGACCAUUAUAUGCUCCAAUAGUUUCACGGAAAACAAAACAAUUGAUUUCUCCCGGUCCAGCUGCUUAUCCAAUAUAUGAAUUCGAUCAUGAUGAUGAUGUUUUAUCACGAAAAAAACCUGGUUUUACACAAAAACAUCGUUUUUUAUCCGAUCAAAAACUGCGAACAAAUCCACCUUUCUAUUAUCCAGCUAAAAUCGAUCGACAUCGUUUACCCUCGUUUACCAUUGGUAAACGUCUGUUUACAUCGAAAAAAUAUAAUUCAUGCGCACCACCUUAUUACAGUUCCUUCGGCGAUAAUCAUUCAUGUUCCAAUCUUACACGACCAGGUGUAACAUUAAAAGGACGUUGGAAUCCAUCGGUUUAUAAUGGUGCUAAUUAA